AUUAUAUAUUGGGUUGUAAUAUCAUGGUAUCACCUUCUCGAUCCUAAUUCCUGCAACCUUAUUCCUUGCCUCCCACCAUAAAUCAUGUCUACCAAUGCUAGCUCCUCCUCCUCCACCACCAUCGAAACCAAGCUUCCCAUGGCUACUAUCCUCCACAUGCUUACAAUCAAACUCUCUUCCACUAACUAUCUCUAUUGGCAAAAUCAACUUCUUCCUCUUCUCGCUAAUCAAGAACUACUCGGCCAUGUCGACGGUUCUAUCUCGCCUCCUUCGAAAUCCAUCACUGUUGACUCCGUUGAGAAGCCGAACCCAGCAUUCACGGCCUGGUCGAUCUCUGAUCAGCAGGCCAUUCUUAUUCUUAAUUCCUCGCUUACCGAGGAGGCUGUUGCUGAAAUCCUCGGCCUAUCCACGGCUCGCCAAAUCUGGACCGCCCUUGAAGCGGCCAACAACAACACGUCUCUUGAACGGAUGCAUCUGCUCCGCGACAAUCUUCGUCGUUUAGCCAAAGGAUCCUCAACCGUAGCGGAUUACGGCCGACGAUUCAAGGCCAUCUGUGAUCAACUCUCUGCUAUCGGCCAUCCCGUUAAAGACACAGACAAAACUCAUUGGUUUCUCUGUGGUCUUGGUUCUACUUUUGAGAGUUGGUCCACUGCGGUCUGUACCACCCGCGAACCGCUUUCGUUUCGUGACUUACUCACUAAAGCAGAAAGUCAAGAACAGUUCCUCCUUGCUAUUAACCCUCCAACCACCCCUCCUGUGGCUUUUGUUGCUCAAACCAAUCAGAACCGAUCCACCGGUUCCUCCGCUAACCGUGGUCAGCCAUCCGGCUCCUACAACCGCGGUCACAAUUCCGGCUCCUCUAGCUCUUCUUCCAAUGGAAACCGCAGGCCACCUCAUUGCCAACUAUGUCAAACCAAUGGACACUUUGCAAACAAGUGCCCAAAACUCUCAUCUUUUGUGGCCUCGGCUUCUGGGAAUGAAGAUCUUGCUCGUGCUUUUCACGCUCAGUGUCAUGUUUCAAACGAGGAUGCUCCUGAUUGGGCCGCCGACACCGGAGCCGACCGUCACAUGACCGACGACACUGGACCGGAAAACAAGCCAACCACUCGCUAAAGGUCGGUGUGAAAACGGUCUUUAUGUGCUUCGGGACAAGUCUUUUGCUUUUCUUGCUUCUGUUUCAUCUAAUAAAGCCUCAUUUGAAUUGUGGCAUAAUCGUUUGGGUCAUGUUGCCUUUGAAACUAUUCAUGUAUUAAACAGACUUGGUUGUUUGUCUUUCACAUCUAUUUUACCUAAGCCUACUUUAUGUUCAUCAUGUCAACUUGCUAAAUCACAUAAAUUACCAUUUACUACAAAUGAAAAACGUGCCUCUUUCCCACUAGAUCUCGUCCAUUGUGACCUAUGGGGACCAUCACCAAUAACUAGUAACGAUGGUUAUAAAUACUAUGUUGUGUUUGUGGAUGACUUCUCUAGAUUCUCUUGGUUGUAUCCUCUUAAGCACAAAACCGAUUCUUAUUCGGUUCUUCAAACUUUCUUGCGUCUUGUUCAAACUCAAUUUUCACGCAAAGUAAAGGUUUUCCAAAGUGAUGGUGGCACGGAAUUUCUCAACCAAUACGUGCGAAAAAUCUUUGAUGAAAAUGGCACAUUUCAUCAUUUUUCAUGUCCUUAUACCGCUCCUCAAAACGGUCGUGCCGAAAGGAAGCAUCGACACAUACUCGAAACCGGUCUCGCUAUGCUUUUCCAUGCGAGUGUUCCCAUCACACAUUGGAUUGAUGCUUUUAGCUCCGCCACAUACAUUAUCAAUCGUUUGCCAACAAAAAUUUUAAAUGACAAAUCGCCAUUUGAAAUUCUAUUCUCUACGACUCCAAAUUAUGCCAACUUUCGUGUAUUUGGGUGUCGUGUCUAUCCAUACUUACGUGACCAUGCACCUCAUAAGCUUGCACCCAGAAGUAUACCUUGUAUUUUUCUAGGAUACGCUCCUCAAUACAAAGGGUACAAAUGCUUCAACCCAACAUCCUCACGUACGUAUGUGACCCGGCAUGCUCGAUUUGAUGAAUACUCAUUUCCAUAUGUGGCAAACUCUUCUCAAUCUAAUAUUGCAUCACUCUUCCUUUCCACCUUUGACGAGUACACACCCACUGCUCAACAUGUGGCUAAAUCAACUUCUGACAAGCCCAUUUCUCUUUCUCAAUCUACGGCCCAACCACCCUCUAAUGAUCCAAUACCUCCUUCUCACCCUUCAGCCCAAUCUACCUCUCAUGAGCCCACACCUACUUCUCAACUUUCGGCCUCAUCUCCACCAAACCAACAACCUCCUUCCAUUAGUCACUCCCCAUCUUGUUCUCUGUGUGACUCACAACCUCCACUUUUCUCAACCACCUUAUCAUCCUCAAUGCCUGCCUCGUUCACCACCCAAUCACCGCCACCAUCACCCUCUCCUACAGCCUCCACGUCCCCUCCCCAAUCACCGCCUCAACCGCCCUCUCCUAUUGCAUCAUCACAUCGUAUGAUCACUCGUUCUAAAGUUGGCACCUUCAAACCCAAUCCGAAACACACGUCCUAUAUUGCUACAGUUAUGCACUCUUGCCUUCAUGCGGCGCUUCUCUCAAACACUGUUCCUAAAGUCUUCAAAAGUGCAUCAAAACAUUCUCAUUGGAUGAGUGCCAUGCAAGAUGAACUUUCCGCUCUUCAUCGUAACCGUACAUGGUCACUUGUUCCUCGACCAUCCUCUACAAAUAUCGUAGGAUCAAAAUGGGUAUUCUGCACCAAAUACCAUGCGGAUGGGUCACUUGAUCGGCACAAAGCGCGACUCGUCGCUCAAGGCUUCACUCAAAUCCCGGGCCUCGAUUUCAAUCACACGUUUAGCCCGGUCGUGAAAGCAUCCACCAUUCGCAUUGUUCUUUCAUUGGCCGUCAUUAAUCGCUGGUCUGUUCACCAACUAGAUGUAAACAAUGCGUUCCUAAACGGUCACCUCUCGGAAACCGUUUACAUGGAGCAACCUCCCGGGUUUAUAGACCCCAAGCUUCCGAAUCAUGUUUGCAAGCUCAAUAAGGCUCUCUAUGGUUUAAAACAAGCUCCUUGAGCUUGGUUUCAAAGGCUCAGCUCGUUUCUUAUAUCUUAUGGCUUCACGUGUAGCCGUGCCGAUCCAUCCCUCUUCAUCUAUUGUCGGGGAGAUUCCAUCAUGUAUCUUCUUGUUUAUGUAGACGAUCUUAUUCUCACGGGCAACAAAACUUCAUUAAUCACCUCGUUCACAACCCGUCUACAUCAAGAAUUCGCCAUCAAAGACCUAGGCUCGCUAAGCUACUUUCUUGGUCUUGAAGUGGUUCAUGAUAGCAAAGGUCUUUUUCUCACUCAAACCAAAUACGCCAACGACAUUCUCACAAGAGCCGGUCUGACCGAAGCCAAAACUGCACCCACCCCACUCUCCUCAACCGAUACCUUCACCAAAAAUGGCACUCCUUUUUCCGAUCCUACCCUUUAUCGCUCUCUCGUUGGUGCUCUUCAGUACCUAACCAUCACUCUUCCCGAUCUCUUCUACGCUGUUAAUCAAGCCUGUCAAUACCUUCACUCUCCAACCGAGCACCAUUUUCAAUUAGUUAAACGUAUUCUCUGUUAUGUCAAAGGAACUAUCUCUUAUGGAUUAGUCUUCACACGGGCGACAAGUGCUUCAAUUUUAGGUUACUCGGAUGCGGAUUGGGCUAGAUGUAUUGAAACAGGAAGGUCAACGUAUGGUUAUUCGAUUUUCUUAGGUGGUAACUUGGUCUCCUGGAGUGCCAAGAAACAACCGACAGUGUCACGAUCAAGUUGUGAAUCAGAAUAUCGGGCAAUGGCAAACGCUGCAGCUGAAAUUGUUUGGAUUACUCAUUUGUUACAGGAACUACACGCUCUUCCUCAGUCUCGGCCGACUCUCCUUUGCGACAACAAAAGUGCCUUGUUCAUGAGUCAAAAUCCCGUUUCUCACAAGCUUGCUAAGCACAUCGACUUGGAUUAUCACUUUGUUCGGGAACUGGUUAUGUCAGGAAAGUUACACACUAAAUUUGUUCCUACCAAGCUUCAACUUGCGGAUAUUUUCACGAAAAGCUUGCCUCGACCUCUCUUUGAACAUUUUCGGGAUUUGCUUCGAGUCCAUCCACCGCCGUUUCGCUUGCCGGGGGUGACAGCCGUAAUAUUCAACCAAAUCAACAUAAUCAAAAGUCAACCAUCAAGCACUGCUAGCCGACAAUCAAGGCUCUUAUUUCUAUUGUAGAUAUUUGUAUUAAUGUUGUUUCUAUACUUAUC